AUGGCGGCCGAAGUGCCUGUAAGUGUUGUAUUAUGUGAAGCAAUGGAGUAUCUGUCUAAACUUGGUGCUAAUCUACGAACUCGGUCCGAAAAUUUGAAAGACAAGAGAAUUAAUAAAGACAAACUAAAGAAUGCUCAUGCUGUUCAUAAAGCUGCCUCUAAGGGUAAAUCUGACUCCAAUCAAAAUGAAAUUGUUGAUGUAGAAUCUGAUGAUGCAAAAACUGAAAUGGCUGAGAAUUCAAGUGAUGUUACAAAAUCUACACAAAAUACUGCAGAAUGUACCAGUACCAACAGUGAUAGGAGAAAACCAUUGAGAAUUAUGAGCAUCAGUGACACUGAAGAUGACAUUGUACCUUUAGCGACUAAAUCCUCAAAUUCUGUCUCAACUGAAGAUAGUGUAAGUAAAUUAGUAAGUGAUGAAAAUAAAAGUGAAGAUAGUAGUGCCACAACUGAAAAUAAUAAUGUUGACCAUACUGAAUCCUUGGUUAAAGAACACAGAGAGUCUCAUUCUGGGCCAGAGGAUGGAAAGGUUUCCACAGAAGAAAGUAGUAAAAAAAAAUCUACAAAAGGUGGUCCAAUCACAAUAUUUUUUAACAGAAAGAAUACAGUGAAAAAAUCCAAAACAAAUGGACAACAAAAGAAUUCAAGUCAAAUACUGCCUGUAGAUGACACCAAUAGUGAAGAAGAUUUUAAAAGCAAUAAAAAUAAAGAGGCACAAAAAGAGAAUAAACCUGCAAGUAAUGAAGCAAAUUGCAGUAGUGACAAUCUUGAACCCAUCAAAAGGAAAAGAAAAAAUUCAAAUGUAAGUGAUUCUUCAAGUCAAAUUAAUGAUGAUUCCACUAAGAAUUCAGAAGAAAAUAACAUGCAGAAGGAACUUAAUGAUGAUUCUAAUGACUCAAACAAUUCAAAACCCUUGAUCCGCUGUGUUAAUAUUACAAAAUUAUUAAAACCAGAUGCAGUGCCAGUCAAAAGUGACUUGUUUGCAGGAAAACAAAGUGAUAUAAGAGAGCAUUUCAGCAAAAAAGGAAGUGCUCAGUGUAAAAGCUCAAUCAAAAGAGUAAAACAUAGCCUGCUUAAUGAUUCUGAUUCCGAUAAAGAAAUUGGAACAAAUAUUGACAGUCAGGUAGUGAGCCAAAAGGAAAUUAAUCCUGCAACUAUUAAAGAUUCACUACUUUGUGAUUCUGACUCUGACAAAAAUGAAGAACAGGUUGUUAAAGAAAACAGUAAAGUCUCUGAUGGCAAUACUAAUAACAGUCAAGAAAGAAUUGAUACAGUGGUUGAAAACAUUAUAGCAUCAUUGUCUAGGUUAAAUGAACAUUCAGCUCAAAACCAAGAAAAGAGUGAUGACAGUAGUCUUAAGUCUUAUGUAAAUAAGGAAAAUGAUAAUCAUAAUGUCAGUGAAACAGAGAAACUAAAUGAACCUUGCCAUGAUACUAUCAAAGCAAAAUCAUCUUUAUUAAAUGACAGUGAUAGUGAUUCCGAACCAUUUCCAAGAACUAAGGAGAGGUUUAUAAGUGCCAGGGAAAGUAGUGAACUAAAAAAAAUGCUUCUCAAUCAUUCAUCCAGUUCAGAGCAUGAAGAAUCUGUAACAAAUGUGUUAAAAAGAGGCAGAAAAAAAUCACGAUCAUCAAAUUCAUCAUCUUCAGAAACAGCAAAGUCAAAAAAAACGGCAUGUAGUGAAAAAGCCCACAACAGUAGUAUCAACCAAAUUGAUGGGACUGUUGAUGAACACUCUGAUUCCAGUGUUAAAAAGAUGGUACGCUCUAAAUCAAAACCCAGUGGCAGCAGUGUCCAGAACUCAGAAAUUCAAGAUGCGAGUGACAGAGAUAUUGAAGGGCUGACAAAUUUAAACAGUUUAAACAAAUCUCGACGGCAUGGUUCUUCGUCAAACAAUACUGAGAGCAGGAGUUCUGCGAGGCAAGCGUGUAAGCUGAAGCAGACGCCGACCAUCGGCGAGGACUUAUUGCACGCUGAGAGCAGCUCAGACGUCUCGGAGAACAAUGUCGACGAAAAUGUUGAAGAAGAAGAUUUACCUAAAAUUCAUGGUCUUAACGGAGACAGCAUCGGUCAUCUCGCUAAAGAUGAUUUACUAAAUGAAAGUGAUUCUUCGGCGUCUCAGGAUGUAGAGGCCACUGAGGAUACACAACACAUAGAAGAUUCCGAGGAAGAAAACGUUAUAUCAAAAAGGCGUAAGGCAAAUGCAAUAUCAUCAGACUCAGAAGGCGGGACUUCGCGUCGUAAACAUGAAGACGAUGAAGAAGCUAGGGUUAGCGACUUUGAGGAUUCCGAGGAUGAGAGCUCAGAGUCUGCAAAACGCUCCAAGCGGAAGAAAAAGCCCUCGGAAAGCGACGGAUCAGCGGGAUCUAGUAAUGAGGGAAAAAAGAAACGUCGACGCAUAAAACAAGUUAAUGAUAGUGAUGGAUCUGGAUCGGACACUGAAAAUGAAGGUAGAAAUAAACACGGCAGGAAGAAUAUACGUAAGGUAAUGGGUAAGAAUCAGUUAGAGGAAGCUACAAAGAAAGCUGCUCGCGAAGAAAAGGAAAGAAUUGCUCGUAUUGCAGAUAGACAGAAAUUGUACAAUAAUUUGGACUUUGAUGAGACUGGAAAGCCGGAUGAAGUUGUCUUGGAAAAAGUCGUGUUGGAUUUCGAUCCAGAAACUAAAGAACCACUAAUUCAAGUUGACAGAGGUCUCGUCAAGAAGUUGAAACCACAUCAGGUAUGCUGA